CUUACUAACAGGUUCUUUUUCUCCCAUUUUGAAAGUAAAAGCAAUAUUGGAUUGGCAAACCCCGUGAUUCACUGUAAACAUCGCCUACGAGUCAAUAUCAAAAUUGUGAGGCUACACAAAAAACCGAAAACGGUGCGAUAUUGUUCAACCAAAAAGCCACACAACGCAACAGUUGAUUCGUAUCGCACUAUUUUUCAACGAUACGAACUAAUGCCAUUGCGAUGUUGUGAACGGUGUUAAACGAACGAACUACGUGUUGAAAACCGAUAUCUUGAAAAGUUGCUCGGGAAAGCUUGGCCACAGAACAAGGUGAAGCACACGACCGCUGUCGUUUCACCAACCGAGAUGCCCAACGAAGACGUUGGCACCAAGUUCAGCGAGCUAACGGCAUUGCUGGACCGGGUGAGAGCAACAAAAAAUAAACCGGACGUGUUCCGUCGAUUUUUCGCUUCGUUCGAGCAAACGCCGCGUCCGAAUACGUCAGACGUCCCCGCUGCACGCAGCGUCUAUCCCGUGUUGAGGUUGCUAGUUCCUGGAUGCGAUCGUAAACGAAAAGCGUACGGCUUUCGGCACACGCUGCUGGCCCAAGGAUACAUUCGGGCACUCGGAUUGAGCCGCCAAAGUGACGAGGCGCGCCAACUCUUGUCCAACAAAACGGCCGGCGACCUAGCCGAUCGAAUCGCGCAACUGGUACGUGGACGAUGCCCCGCCCAAGGGUCUCUAACCGUAAGCGAUGUGAACAAUUAUCUGGAUACUCUCAACAACGAUGAACGGACGUCACCGGACGUAAAUCGGCAGACGCGGAUCGAGCAGGUGCUGGCCGAACUGCUGAAGCGUGGAUCGCCGGCAGACCACUGUUGGCUCGUGCGCAUUCUCCUCAAGGAUCUGCGUCUCGGGGUCAGUAAUCGACGCAUCCUACAGCUCUACCACCAGCAAGCUCCGCAGCUUUACGAUGCGCUCAGCGAUCUGGAGCAGUUGGUUCAGAUAGUUGAGUCGAACGCGUUGGCGACCGAGACCAUCACAAGCUAUGUUCAGCCGAUGCAUCACGUGCGCCCGAUGCUCUGCCAGCGGAUCGAUCUACGGCUCGUUGGCGGUCUACUGCAGCGUGCCACGUACUGGGCCGAAACAAAGAUGGACGGUGAGCGGUUUCAGCUGCACAAGAUUGGUCCCAGCUUCCGCUACCUGUCGCGCAAUGGCAUCGACUAUUCGGACCGAUUCGGCGCUUCAGCGGAGCAGCUCGAUGGCACUCUCACGCCGAUGAUCGCACAACUGCUCGCACCCACCGUCGACAGUGUGAUUUUGGACGGGGAGAUGAUGGUGUACGACCGGCUCGAACUGCGGUACCGAGACAAGUGCGAAAAUACGGAUGUCAAAUCGUUGCGUUCCGGGUCAAUCAAUUUUCGGCCUUGUUUCUGCGUGUACGACGUACUGCACCACAAUGGGCGCAACGUUGCUGAUCUGCCAUACGCGGAACGGGCCCGUCUGCUGGGUGCGCUGAUUGUCCGCGAACAGGCUGGGUUUCUGGUGCGUUGCCAGCGUGAGCGGGUCCGAGACGCUGCGCACCUGGUUGAGUUACUGAACACUGCAAUUGAUGCGUCACACGAGGGUAUCGUGUUGAAGCGGGAAGACGCGCCGUAUCAGCCGAACCGCCGGAACAUGAGUGGUUGGUUCAAGCUGAAACCGGACUACGUCGAUGGGCUGGUGAUGGACUUCGAUCUACUGAUUGUCGGCGGGUACUACGGGCAGUGCCAGACACAUGUAAACUCUUUCCUCGUAGGCGUGCUAGACGAUCGCCGAUCGCUAGAACGGGGGGUCAUCGGAGGGCCCGGUUGCCGUUUUCUUUCGGUCGCCAAAGUAUCGACGGGUCUCGCGGUAACACAAUGGAAUGAGCUGAAUCGCACACUGUCUCCACACUGGCGGAAAAUGAAGGGAGGCAAUGCAAACGAGCAAAACGAAGCGAGCGACAGUGUGCGAUUCGGGCAAACGGUUCCGGACGUUUGGAUCGAUCCAAACGUCUCCGUCGUGCUGCAACUACGUGGUUCCGAGCUGGUUCGUAGUGGGUCAUACGCGGCUGGCUACACACUGCGAUUUCCGCGGAUCGUCGCUAUUCGUACCGAUCGACGAUACGACGAUGUGUGCACAAUCACCGAGGUGGAAGCUUUGGCCCGCGACGGCGGUACCGUCUCCGGGCAGUCGACCAGUCGACCAACCGGCCUCCUUGAUCCUGCACGACAGGCUACGAAACUCGCCAAGCGCCACGUGACCGUAGCGGAUCUUUGCGGUGCUCAGCAGCAGACAGCGCAAGCCGGUAAACGUCGCAAGAGACCGCUUGGUGCCGGCGCUCAGAGGCCUCCUAUGUCACCACCGAAAACUCUCCUCGAUAUGGUGUGCGAAGGAAGGGAAUUUUGUGUCAUGAGCACAACUGCUGGGCUACCCGUGGUCGCAGAGCUAGAGCGGAUGAUCCAACAACACGGGGGCAGGGCUGUAGCUAAUCCCGGCACUAAAACCUGCGCCAUCAUUGCCGGUGACCGCACGUUCAAAGUACGACUGUACAUCCAGGCAGCGCGGUGGGAUGUAGUAAGUGUGGAGUGGUUGCUGCGUGCGAUCGGCGAUGAAGCAGCAAAGCACGGGCCGCUGGAACCAUUUCAACCUGCCGAUAUGUUGGCGACCACCGAGAAGACCCGUCUUCAGCUGGCACUCUUGUACGAUCGCUACGGAGAUUCUUACACCCGUCCCGUAACACCAACACACUUUAAGCGUUUCCUGAAACAGCUCGGUUCGAACCCUGUGCCGGUACUAACCGAACGUGAACUAGCACGUGCUGAACGCUCCCUGAUGGGGACCAGAUUCAGCUCAAGGCGACCUUUCCGAGGUUACUCCGCACGGUUUUGUUCUCCGCCGUCCGAAGUCCACGAACAAGAGGAUCAAAACAUCGCUGCGCUGAGCCGUUACAGAGCGGAACGGGAAAUGUUGCGCUACGUCCGACACGGUGGACGCUGGAUACGGGAUGCAAACACCGGUUCAGUUUCACAUACGUUCGUGGCAGGGGACUCCAAUCCUCUCCCUACAACAGGCACUAUUCCUCAGUGGCUGGGCGCAGGCGAGGACAACCGCCCACCGGUAAGCGUUUUGCCAAUCGAAUGGAUUAAAACAUCUCUCGAGACAAACCAAUCAGCCGGAAGCUUCGCUGCUCGGAUGUAACAACCGGCCUGUGAG